UUUAUCUCUUUCAGUUCAACCUAUGUCGUCCUCUCUCUUUUUCUUUUGAAAUCCUAAAUCCAACCUUCCCCUUCGUUUUCUCAUGGAUAGCCAGCUCACUUCUCCUGCUUCGGAUAAUCUCUGGCCAUUCACGCUCUGUUUAUCGUCUCCCUGUCUCCCAAAUCCUCAUUUCUGUCAGGCAUAUCUCUCGCUCUCGAACGCUUUAACAUCGUUUUUGUCAACCUCCAUAUGAAAACCCUAACCCACCGAGCUAAGUGAAGAGAUACUGACGAUGCUGACAGACUGAGAUCUCUGUUGCAGACUUCACAUGCUCACGAAGAGCGUUAGCCCGUCGGCUUUCUUCAAGACAAUUGAGGAACCGCAUCCCACUUCCUCGGCAACCGCAGUUGUAGCUACAAAGGUCCAAUCAUCAUAUUUUCAGGCGUCUUCGUUGUCGAUUGGUAAUGGCUCUCUAUCCCUCGAAUUCAAACCGUGUCUUCUUCCAUCUUUUUAUUCAAUAUUAUGCUAUCACCAAUUUCUUGAUCUCUCUCUUUGAUAUAGAUACCUGUGCGAUUAGGGUUCAUGGAAAAGGAUCCUGGGAACAAAUUUUUUUUGUCUGAUUUGUCAGAUUCAUUUAAAGAUCGGUGGUAGUUCUCAAUAGGAAAUCAGCCCAGGGUUCAUAUCACUCUGCCUCUUUGAAAUUUUAUUUCAUUUAAAUUUGUUUUUCUUUUUAUUCCAUUUGUCAUUUAUCAGAUAUUUGUUAUAAUGUGUGUUGAUUGGUAGGGGUGCAAAAUAGAAGCUACUGUUUGGAAGACUAUGAUUAUUUAAAGAACUUCUCUCUGAGGGUAUAUAAGUAGAACUGGAUUGCAAGUUAUAAUUGAGAAAAAUAUACCCGUUUGCAAUUUAAAAGGCACCAUAUAACAGGUACUGGAUUGCAAGUUAUAGUUGAGAAAAAUAUACCCAUUUACUUAAAAGGCACACAAUAUACUUAAUUGAUUGUACUGAUCUUGCAUAUUGUGGCUUGGAAUGUAUACAUUGACUUCUAAUAUUUUUUCUACCUUUCAUUCUGUACAUAAAAAUGGGAUAAUGAUCAGAUUGCCAUGGCUUCUGAAUUGAAAAUCUUAAAAGAUAUACCCAAAUUUGCAGUGAAGUUUAAUGGCACUAUGUUUAUUGGCAAUCUUUAAAAUAUCUUGGAAAGUCUGAGAAAAAAGACGAAGGAUCAGAAAUUUAAAAACAAGAAAAAUACUUUUCUAUUACUACUCCUGCUGGAAAAUACUUUCCUAACCUCUUCUCUGUUUUGCUAAUUUCACAUUCCUGGAAAGAUUUACAAAUUAGUGGGUUAGUUGAAAACUUGGAAUCUGAGGUUUGAAACUUGAAACAUCCUAUAUUCAUUUUUUCUUCUGUAGGCAACAUUUUAUUAGCUAAACUAUUCUUUUUUGAAGUUACAAUUACAACAGAUAUAUUUUAUGAUGAUGAUAAUUCUAUAAUAUAAUUGAUUGAUUAUUAUUGUUUUGUGUGUGAAUCAUGUUUUGUACUUCUAGCUUCUGGAUUUUUUUUUUACAUCAAUAAUGGGUGCAAUUUUCAACAAUAGAGGUGAUUUGUUUAAUGAAAUGAUGAAUUUAUGGUUUUAAUGAUGUGUUGAAGUUAAUAUCGAAUGUUCUUCUGCAUGCGGUGCUUGAUUAGUGCACCAGUACUGGAGCUAUCCAAAUUUUGCAAUUUGAUUCAGCUAGAAAUCAAUUUUCAUAGUUUUCAGAGGAGUUUUCUAAUAGAUUUGCCUCACAAUUGUGUUAAGCUUCAAGUUCUAAAAGUUUUUAUAUGUGAUUGUUUAUAUUCUAUAAAUUGCUUUCAGACUUUGCCAAUGCCUAAUGGAUUUUCCUGAAUAGGAUGCAUGUUUCUAUAAUCUAUCCUAUUGAAUUUAUGUGUUGAUUUCGGAAUUUAGUUAUACUAUUCUUCUUUUUUGCAAUAAAUGCUGUUUUUUUUCUGUUUAAAAUGGUAUUUCAAUUGUGUGUUCGUUAAUUUUGUGCUAAAAGAUUUUUUCUAUUACUAUUCCUGCUGGAAAGUACUUUCCUAAUCUCUUCUCUGUUAAUUUACAAAUUAGUGGGUUAGUUAAAAACUUGGAAUCUGAGAUUUGAAAGUUGAAACCUCCUAUAUUCAUUUUUUCUUUUGUAGGCAACAAUUUACUAGCUAAACUAUUCUGUAUUGAAGUUACAAUCACAACAGAUAUGAUUAUGAUGAUGAUAAUUCUAUAAUAUAAUUGAUUGAUUAUUAUUGUUUUGUGUGUGAAUCAUGGAAGAAGUUGUUGGAUAUGUUUAUACAGACAAGCGUUUCUAUUUGUCUGGAAAGUUAUAGAGAAUUGAAAAGCGAGUUACUUUUUAUGAGGUUUUGCAUCAAUUGAGUAGUUGGAAUAGUAUUUGGUAUAAAUAAUUUUUUGUAUUGUGUUAUUUUUUGCAAAAUUGUGUACUAAAGUGAAACCCACGCACUCUGGGGGGUUUUUAUAUAUGACAUUAUCAUGGUUCUUCUAUUACAUUGUGUGAUGCGGUUUGUUUUUUUUUUAAUUCAUAAUUAUUAUAAUAUUAUUAUAACUAUAUAUUUUCCUUAUACUAAAUUAUAAUUUUAGUUCUCAUAAAAUUCAAUUUAUUUACAAAAUAAUUUUUGGAAAAAAGGGGAUAUUUUAAUUUUUCAAAUAUCAUGUUAAUUUCAUAGAAUUUCAGAAAUUUUAUUUUGUACAUGAAAAUAAUUCAUAUAUUUAAUUUUUUUUUGUGCGUUAAUUAGAAAUUUUAUUCUAGAGUACAUAUAUACAACUAUUAUCUAGAUAUAGUUUUUUUUUGUGGUAUAAAAGUUAUCCAUCUUGCAGAUAUAAAAAAAGAAAAAAAUCACUUUAAAGGAUUAUUGGGAAGAUUUAAUUAUUAAAAAUAAUUUUUAAUAUUAAAAUUAUUAAUAAUAAUUAAUUUUUAUUUUAACAUGUAUUAUAUUUAAGAAGACAAAAUUUUUUUAUAAAAAAAUAAAUAUAUUCUUCAUUAUCUUUUUAGUUAUUUUCCUAAUCCGUAUGUUAAUCUUUUUUAUAUUGCUACAAUAUUACAUGAUUACUUAAUUAUUUAUUUCUUUGUCUUCUGUGGUUUUCCAUCAUUCUUUUAACUGAUUAUCAAUAGAAAAUAAAAAAAAUUAUGAAAGUUACUUAAAUCUCGAGAGAAAUAAAAUUUAUUCAUAUAAAAAAUAUGAAAUAAAUAAAAAAUGAUAUUAUAUUAGAUUUUUCUGAAUAUUUAGUUCUUUUUAACUAUCAUAAAUAUAAAUAUUAACAAAAAUUUUGUCCUUAAUAAUUGUGUGAUUAUUUGUAUUCUUGAGUAAUUAAUUUGUUAUAAUUAUUAUUUAGUGUAAUUUAUUUAAAAAAAAACUAUCCAGAUAAUUCUAAUUAUUAUCUUCUAUCUUCUCCUAUUUUCUAUUAGUAUUUUCCCUUUUUUAAAGUCACCAACAAAACCUAAAAAAACCAAAGGUCCCUCCCUUCUCUCUCUCCCACACGCAAUCAAAAAAAAAAAGAGAAGAACUUACUGAGUGACCGUCUGUCAUCUCUAUCUUUUCUCUCACGUCACCCAAGAUAGAAAUCCCACCACCCAACAUUACCACGGUUAAACCGCAUAUGCUCCUACAAAUUCCAGAACUCUCCUCCUCUGUGGUGUCUCCCGACGCUUUCCAUUCCUACGAACGAGAUAUCUCGGGCAGUUUCUCGGCGCAUAGUUUUUUUGUUUGGGCUCUUGAGAGAUCCAGAAUACAUAGUUUGUCCAAUGAGCAGGAGACGUAAUGAUAAGGUUUUGAAGUGUGGAUAAGAGCUAAUUUUGAUGGUCAUUCUGAUUAUUAAGCCAGAUUUAAGAUAGCUGAAAUAGGUUUUUCGGACAUUUGCUACGAUGAGCCUUAUUGCACGUAGAAAUGAUCGCACAAGGCGUUUCUUUGGGACAAGAAAACAUUGGCCAAAUGAUAAGGAAGAAACAAUUAUGUUUCGUGCAUACAGAGGACGGGAUGAUGUUUUGCUUCCAGAGAUAGUAAUUGCUAGAUAUGGGGUCGAGCUGAAACAUGAAAUUGUCCUGAUUGAUCUUUGUGACAACUGUAUCAAGCUUAAAUUAAAAAAACGGGGAAACAAAAUUUGGAUACCUUCCGAUGAGGUAGACAAGUUAUUUGCUUUCUAUAAGUUCAAGAGUGUGGUAAAAAUCGGUCUAAUGCAUGUCACAAGUGUCAUAUUUUUUGUGGCUCCUGUGGAUAGGCGAAGUAAACCAAUUUAUAUGGAUUUUUAUGCUUUUCACUAUGUUAAAGAUAUUGUUGAUAUAUCUUUACUAAAACUAAUUCAAGAUGAGUUGGGAUUGAACUACUUUGAUGGAUUGGAUGAUGUUUCAUAUGGUAUAGAAGAUAAUGAGAUGCAUCGAAAUAUGAAAAGUUCUAGUGUGCAAAGGAUUCAAAUGAACACUUUCAAUGGAACUACUAUCAAGAAGAGGUCAAUAACAAAAAAAAGAGGAUGUGUUGCUGAACAUUAUAGCAAGAGGUUAACGGAGUAUGAGAUGAAGGCUGAUCGAUUUUAUAUUCGCUGUGAGUUUGCUAGAUUAUUGCUUAAGAGUGGUGGAUCGGAACAAUGAAAAUUUACUGUUAAGGGCUCAAAGAUUACUAAACCCUUUACAAUGCAUGUCUUGAAAAGUAAGGGCAAGAAUCGAGAGUACAAAAUUGGACCCAAAUGGAAAGAUUUUGUCAAGAUGCAUAAACUUAGGCCUGGAUAUUUAUGUGUAUUUAGAAGUGUUUCGAACAAAAAUCAUUUGGUUCAGGUUUCUGUGGUUAGAAACUAAUUAUUCAGAUGCUUUGAUACUUUCUUUUGUUAAUUUUGGGAUAUGUAUUCUAUUUUGGACUCUGGGUUUUUCAUUAUCUAAAAUUCAAAAUAUGUAUGGGAUGUGAACUUGUUGGUUAAGUUACUUAGUUUUUUAUAUCAGAUGUGAACAGUCAAAUUAAUAUGCUAUUUGGUU